UUUCCUCCCGCCCCGUAUGGAUGAACCUUCUAGUAGACAAAAGUAGCAGAAAAUAAUCCAGUUCUGACUGUUGUGUUCGUGUAUGCGUAGGUAUUUACGUUCGAGUUAGCUAAGAUUUGUGGGGAGCUGGAAAAAUAAAUAGAAAUAGUGUUCAAUAAUUAAUGCAGCUAGCUUUUACAUUCGAUGGGAAAUGCUUUAAAAAUGCUCAUCUGAAUCAACUUUUAAAAGUAACUGUUUUCAAUCGAAAACCAAAAUAGUUUAUAAUCGUGAAAAAAUCUUCGCCUGUACUGCAUACAGUUUAAUCUAUUGUUGCGUACUAAAAGUGUGUCGAUAUGGCAGACAAAAGUUCGACUGGUGACAAAAGUCCAGAAAUGGAAGCUACCAGUCCGACCGGAAGUGCUUCAGGUUCCGGUAGCUGGUGGGGAUCCUGGCUAGACUCAGCCAAGUCUCGGUCGGCUUCGGUUCUGGAAGCAGUCAAGAAUGAUCUUACCGAACUAACCACGGUUGUGAAGACGGAGGCAACCAGCGCCACAGAAGCACUUGGUCGUUCGCUCAGUCUCAGUGAACCAGACUCCACAGUAGGGGCUAUGAAGAAAAGUUUCAGCUCUUUUCUUGGGCAGGUCACCGAGGCACUGGUACCAUCACUAGAGGAAGAAGAGGAGGGCGAAGAUGUAUUGAUUACUCAUGAAGGAGCCGACGGAUUGACUGGUUUCCACAGACAUUUAGCCGAGUUACAAUCACUAGAAACUACCUACUUAGAGGAACCGGCCGACGAGCUGAGCGAGAAAUACAAACGAUGGAUGGAGGUGGUUGAGCAAGAGCAAUUCACGGAACCAAGAUUAGCGCGUCAUUUGGCCAGUAGUAUGAUCUUGAAUGACCAAUACUGUAUGCUAGUACCGAGCAGAGUGGCGCACAUGGAUUUUUGGAAGAGAUACCUGUUUAAAAAAGCACUACUGGAGGACGCCAUCGCAAAUGCAGACUUGGCUGAUCGGAAGGCCAAAGCGGCAGUAGCUUCCACAGAAACAGUUGCUCCAUCAAAAGUUAUCGUGCAAACAGAUCAACCAAAACGGACAAUCGAAGAAGAUAUUAUUCCAGAUGACAUCGCCUGGGCAGAAGUACCGGAGUUCGAUGCUUCCAAUAUAGAACUGUCCGAGGAAGAACAGGCUCGUCUGUUGGAAGAGUACGAGCAGGAAAUUAAAGAACGCGAAAAAGCGGUCGUUUCGGGGCAUAUGGAACCGGUCGAUGAAGCUUUGCUCGUUCAAUCAGACAUCGAAAAGACUCCGCAGAAGAAAGUGAUCACGGUUACCAGUAAAGUUGCUGGCGGUUCAACUGCAACGAAGAAAGUGUCGUCACAACCACAAAGUGCUAAUAGUAGAAACAUCAACCAAAAAAAUCAGCAGCCACAAAAGGCUGCCAAUGCAAAAAACCCCAGCAGGGUUGGAAAUAAACAGAAAACUCAAAUCAAGCCACAGAAGCAAGAACAACAGAAAGAACUGAAGAUGGAGAAGGAUCAUUUUACAAAAGAUGAUGUUUCAUCAUCCAAUUCCGACGAAAGCUGGGAAAAAGAGUUUGACUUAGAAUGAGCUACAUUUUCCUCCUUUGUUCCAAAUGACAGUUCGCGAUAAAUGAUGAUGAUUAUUCCUCGAAACAGUUAUUUUAAAAUGUACAUUAUUAAUUGAACUAUAGUUCAUUGGAAAGCAUUUUAGAUCAGAAUCGAUCUACUUCGAUGGAGGCUGGUCAUUGAAAUCGUGUAUGGCAUAAACCGGAUUGGAUUUGGAUUUGGAAUCUGUAGGGCUUAGUGAACACAUGUUUCUACAAAUAAGUUUUUGUAAAUUUUAAAUCAAGCAUGAUUGUCUUAAAUCCAAUUUAAGAUGUUGAAUAUUAAUAGACAAAAGUGUAAUAAAAUAUUCAUGUUUAUUUUUAUUUGAUGCAUACUGUAUUCAUAUAUUAUUCCUUAUAGCAUGGAAGUGAAGAAUACUGAUCCAGUAACCAAAUGGUUUUCUAAUCAUAUGUGUUACGUAGAAUGUUUUCUAGUAUAAAGAUAAUCUUUUUGUUUGCAUAGAUAAUGACUACAACAUUUGGUACAUUUAGAUGGCGUAGGUGCAGAACGUUAUCACUGUCGCUUUUCGUUGUAAGCAGAAAUAGAUUGUAUUAUUUUAAUACUAACCAAAAACUAAAAA